CAGCCCGCAGGUGGCAACGCUGGCCAGUGCACAUUGCGCCGGCAAUUUACAUAUAGCAUUUUGUUUUUAUUGUUUUUAAAAAGUUUUUACUAGUUUUCAUAGCUGUUUAUUAUGGCGGCUUUGUGCUUAGACUUUCUCGGCUUCCAGGAGGCGCUGAAGAAGAUGAGAGAUGUGGACGACAAGAUCAUAUAUGCACUAAACGCCCUGCCCACGGAGUCGUUCAAGGGUCAGGUGAACAGCGAGAGCACCUGUCGCGAUCUGUAUUCAAAGCUCCAGCAGUCGCACCUCUCCCGGCAAGAUAGCAUUCGCAGUUGCAUAACCAUUUCGGCAAAUAAUCUGAAGCAGCUGCGGGAGAAGCGGGAAGCCCAGCCGGAUGAUGUGGAUACGGACAGCCAGUUCAAGGCGGAGCAGCGCAAGCUGCGCGUCCUUCAGGCCGAGCUCAAUGUGGAGGACAUCAUCAAGGAGCGCACCUACAAGACCUUCAACGAGCGAUGCCGAUCCUAUUUUCACGCCGGCCAGUAG